AUGAACCGGCUCGAACCCCCCCGAAACUCAUCAUCUGAAACCGAAAUACCACCUCCCCAAGCACCUCAUCGUCGCCCGCUAAACGAGUACUCCCUAGAAGAAGUUGAGAACUUUAAGCGUCCAAACACACACAGUGAAUUCAUAAUUGCAAGAGAUCUUCUACUUGAGUCAUUCGACCUCUCGGACCCCAAACGUCGUGAACAACAUCGUAUUAUUUCCAAUUACUGCAAUGCCGUAGAGCCAAUGUUCCGUCGGAAUGAGGAGGUUGAGAUUCGAGAACAGGAAAAGCUCAUGACACAAGGGGAAAGCACCGACACAAAGAAAGAAAGGAGUGCAAAGAAGGAGUCUGGAAAGAAUGCGCACAAGGAAGUCCCCGAAGACUCGGACGAUAACAGGCGACGAAAGAGGAAAAAGGCCAAAAAAGCCAUGUUGAAGAUCUAUGCAGAUCUCAAGGAGAUAAGGAGAAAGAAAGCGGAUGUCUUACAGCUAGAGGCAGAGAACAGGCUGCCAAAAAGACGCAAAACCUCGGUAGAACUUAGCCAAAUGGAGAUUGAUACGGAUUUGAAGCUGGACAAGGCUAUUGCGAAGGUAGCAGAGUUGGAGAGAUAUCUUGGUUACAACUCGGGGGAGGAGAGCGACCCGGACGAAGAAGGAGCUGUUGGUACGCUGUAG